CCGCACAGGCGUACUACACAUCACAUUCGCCAUUUUGGAGAGGAAGAACUGACAGAUGGCAGCGUUCGGCGUCUGACCGUCAAGGACGUCUUCACGCCGUUUGGAUGAGGAAUGCUGUAGUCUGAGACUUUUAGGGAGAAAAUGGAGUAUUUACGGAAAGUUUUGUGUCUGUCCUUGCUGCUCUUGUCCGCUAGCGACGCUUACCAGGGGGAUGAAAACAUCUCGUCUCUGCUGAAGCAGCUGGAAGAAGAGCUGGUGCAGGGAGCGGAGCCGGAGUGCGAGGAUCUGUUCAGGACUGAUCUCAACCAGAUCAUCCAGACGACAAAAUCCCUGGAGAACAAGGCGUUGUUCCUGGACUCUCCGAUGGAGGUGGUGGACCAGGAGACGUGUUUGGAGACGUGCUGCGCCACGGACGGCUGCGACACCGCGGUGUACGAGAGCGGAGCGGGAAGCGCCGACAGCAGCCGGAACUGCUACCUGUUCAGCUGCCAGGGCAGGUGUUUCUUCGCCUCGCACUCCGGCUAUCUCAGCAUGACCAAGCGGGACCCGGGCGACCUGGAGCCGCUGCCAGCAGAGCCCGGCAUGGAGAGUGAGGAGAUGAACCGGCCUGUGACCACUGUGCCCACCAUAAAGGCAGUCACCACGCACCGCGUCCCCUCCACCAAGAGGCCGCCGCCUCCAACCACCAGGCCUCAGACGCAAAAACCCCAGACUGUUCCCGUACCUGAGCCCACCGAGCCCCACGUUGUGGAGCUUCAAACUGUAAAAGUUGAGGUCCCUGAGCCAGUGCAUCCUGUUGUGGUACAACCUGCAGUACAACCCCAGCCACAGCCAGUGCGACCCACAGAGUGUAAGAGAUGGGAGUUCCAAUGUGAUGAUGGCUCCUGUAUCCACAUGGCUUAUGUGUGUGACAACCUGUACCAGUGUAUGGAUGGCUCAGAUGAGGAAGUGUGUCAAGGAGUUGCUCGGGAGCCAGAGGCACAAAAUGUAAAAUCUGCAGUGGUCACAGAGGCGCCAGAUGGUAACCAGGCAUUGCCUGCAGAACCACCAGUUGAGCCUGAGCUAGUGUGUGAGCCUGUGAGGUGCCGUAUGUACUGUGCCUACGGCUGGGACACAGAUUCCAGGGGAUGUGAGAUCUGUAAAUGCAAAUUUCCAGAUUUCCUUUCUACAACAGUGGAGCCUGUGUAUGGUGGAAGGCUGGUGACAGUUGCUCCCACAAAAGCGGCCACACAUGGUAAACCUCACCACACCUCAUCUAAGCAUCACUCCACUAAACAUACACUUCCACCCAAGCCAGUUUUGCCAAUAAAACAGAAGCCGUUUAUUACAGAGGAGCCACCAUUUGGUAACGGCAGUCCGGAUACACCUGAAUCCGUGGACAAGAGCCAACAACAACCACGUGUGAAGUCCACCCAACCGCCAAAGCCUGCAGAAAAGACAGCAAAGGCAGCGGCAGCAGCACCAGCCCCUCAGGGCAAGCCUGGCGUACAGGUCGCCGUGGUGGAGGUCAACAUUAGUCAUGAAAAAGGGGUCCCUGCUGCACCAAACCCAGCAACCUCCCCUCCUGAGGCUCAGCACGGAAAGGCAGAGCCUCCGACCAACCAGGAGGCUACACAGUCGAAGAAGGGGCUGAAUGCUACACCAUCACAUCUUGCUCCAGAGUCGGGUGCAGUUUUACCCUUAGCUCUGGGGCUGGCAGUAACGGCCCUACUCUUGCUGGUGGUCGGGUGCAGGCUGAGGCAGGUGAAGGGCAGGCUGAAGUAUGGCAGGUCGCUGGCAACUAAUGCAGAGGCAGACUAUCUUAUCAAUGGCAUGUACCUUUGAACCCAAGCAGAUCAUGCCGUCAAUAAGGUAGAAUCUGAAAUGCUAGCUCAAAAAACUUGCAAAAGCUGGUGGUAAAAAAUGAAUGCUUCAAUGUAACAGUGGACAAGAAGAUAUUGAGUACUGUCGCUGGUAUAUAAACUACAUGUACUAACAAAGCUUAAUGCAUUUGACAUCAUAAGAACACUACUCUGUAAGAAAGUUUUACCGCAACAUCUAAAAUAUUCAGCUCAUUUCUUUAGUUUGUAGCAGGUGAGUUCAUACAGCCAUAUACUGUAGGAUUCUUGGAGAUGUUUUAUUCAUGUACCAGCUAAAACAAUUCAACAAAUUCAAUUUUCACUCUAAGGAAAAUCUUGAAAAUAUUGUAAGACAUUUCAAGACACUCUGCUCAACAAAAACAUAGCAACAUAAAAAUGUGGGAGUCCUGUUAAGUAUGGUGAGCCACUGUGAUUGCAGUACUUUAUCUGAGUGCUUCUGAGGUUUCCAUAUACAAAAUCUCUCUGGCUUGACAAGCUUAAGGAUUUCUGGCAUAUAGAGUACUGAUAAAAUAACCAGUUAAUAACCACUUUUUAACAUGCAUCUUGAUGUGUGCUGCAGUAUCAAAGAAACCAUGUUAAGUAUUCUUGUAUGGUACCAAGGAAUUGUAUGUGGUUUCAAACUAAUCAUGAAUGUAAAUUUGUAAAUAUAAGGUAUAUGAUUGGGACUACAUUGAAGGCAUGUUCUUUUGUCUAUCUUGCAUAUAAUUUGUGCAAAUAUGUUGGUAUAGAUGGCUUCAGAUCAGAUGGUUAUAGAUUGUAUUUCAGACCUGGUACUAGUAUAUAAAAUGAACAUAUGCAAUUUCAAUGUUCUACAUUGAUUUUUAAGUGUAUUUAGUGCAAUGUCUUGCAGAUUCGGUGUGUUGUAUGUAAAUUUUGGUUGUUAUAUGUAUAUUUAUUGGAAUGUCAAUCAACGUCUUCUGGUCAAUGACAAGUUGGGCAGUGUUGGGGGGAAGUUUUGUACAUGGCUGUGUCCUUGAUCAUGAGAUGGUAUGCAUGGUGAGUGUUUUCAAAUUGUUACUACCAGAGAAUGGCUUUGAUAUACUAGAUGGGAAGUACAUGUACUAGUAGUUUGUCUGAGCUAUGGAAAAGCUCUUGAAUACCUGUAUUAAAAUAAAGUGUGGGGUGGAUGAAUCACAACUGUAUCUUGUGAUGUGCCAUUUAGAGGUAAUAACUUUCCAGAAUUCUGGAAUCUUUUGCAACUUCAAUUCCACAUUUAACCAGGAUGCAAUAUUGUACAUGCUGCAAACAUUUCAAUAUUGGAAUAGGACAACUCUAAAGCUAAUUAAGAUGUGAUGAUUGUAAAUGGUUUAUUAUGUUGGUAGAAUGGAGGCUCUUGCAAGGUGUUGUGCACCUUUCUAUGGAUGUGGAUUAUUAAACAUUGUCUUAUGAGGGUAAUU